GUCCCAUGGCUCACGUUGCCACACCUUGAUGUUGGUCUGGAACAUGCCGCGCGAGCAGAAUACGAACUUGGGGUGCAGGCCUGGAAUUUGCGCCAGCCGGAGCAAGGCUUGGAGCUCUUUCUGAGGAGUGCGCAAAAGGGCUAUCAAGUCGGCGAGUACUGCUUCCGCUACGGCAUGUACCAUGAGCUUCCUCCCUCGGACAUGAUCCAGGCUUUUCGAUGGUACAAGCGCGGUGCGCGGAUGAACCACAAAGGCUCCACGACUAUGCUGGGAAAGCUCCACUUGGCUGCGGGCCACCGGGACCUGGCCGUGCGCUUCCUGCGACGCACCGGGCUUCCGCUCGGUGUGCUUGGGCCUGCAGCGACCGAAGCAGAUGUGCUUGAACGAGGCCAUGGUGGCUGGCGGGGUGAUUCGUUGGCACAAUGGUUUCUCGGAGAGUUGUUCCUGCAAAGCGCAAAGCUGCGUGAUGCUGUGAAGUGGUGGAAGCUUUCUGCUGAAAAUGGAGACAGCGAUGCCAUGAUGCGGCUCUCCCAGGUUUUCAGUGACGGCGCCAACGGCAUUCCGCAGGAGCCUAUGCGGGCCAGGCACUGGCUCUUCGCAGCUGCAGCCCACGGUCACAAGGAUGCGCUGGACCAAGUUGACUGGUCAGCAACCUUCCGGCCUCGUGCAGAGCAGAGGUGGAUUGACCUGAUGGAAGGUCAUGGGUGGCUGUGA